UCCAGGGCACGUCUAGUGAUAUGCAAAUCAAACUGAAAGACUUCCUGCUUCCUUGUCACCUAUUUAUGUGGCUUGUUCCUCGUUUAGCGUCUCAGACGCAGCCAGCGACUGCAUGAGAAACAGAGACUGCUUGAGAUACAGAGACUGUCUGAGCUACAAACAGAGACUGUCUGAGAAACAGACAGAGACUGGCUGAGAUACAGACAGAGACUGCCGGAGAUAUAGAGACUGCUUGAGAUACAGACAGAGGCUGUUCUAUAGCCAGAGACUGUCUGUGCUACAUCAAGCGACUGCUUGAGCUGCAGCCAGCGACUUCCUGAGCUACAGCCAGCGACUGCCUGAGCUACAGUCAGCGACUCCCUGAGCUACAGCCAGCGCCCGUCUCUGAGCGGAGCCACAGGGCCAUGGCGAGUGCAACUUCCAGUAGUAAGGAGGCUCCAGGUGAGUUGACCUGCCCCAUCUGCCUGGACGCCUUCCGCUGCCCCUGCACGCUCAGCUGCGGCCACUCGUUCUGCCUCGAGUGCGUGGAGGGCGCCUGGGAUGCGGCCGAGUACUUCUCCUGCCCACAGUGCCGAGUGACCUUCCCUCGGAGGCCCAAGCUGAACAAGAGCGUGACGCUCACCAACCUCAUCGAGCAGCUGCGAGUGGCUGAGCCCAUGGCUGCCGAUGCCGCUGCUUCUGCUGUUUGCUGCGAUCAUUGCAGGAAGCCCGCAGUGAAGAUUUGCCUCAAGUGUGAGACGUCGUUCUGUAUGGCCCACGUCGCGCCCCACCGGCAGUUGGCAAAGUUUCGUGACCACGUCCUGGUGUCGCCCGGUGUGAACCUGGAGAAUCAACGGUGCGUGGAGCACGGUGACGAGUACCACUUCUACUGCGUUAACGACGGACGCCUCGUCUGCAGGGACUGCACCAUCACUGUGGAUCAUCGAGGGCACGAGCUCGUCACUCUGAAGGUGGAGCACGACAAACGAAAGGUGAGGAGGAGGUUCUCAUGGUCAUUGAGUAGUACCCACGAUACCACAGCAUCAGCUGAUGAACUCUGUCAUUGGCUCUCAACAGCAACAUCUAAUUAUAACGAAACCACAGCGAGUGGCUCAGACUCAUUUUAAAUUGGAUUAAAUAUUUUAUAUGCCCGUAAAUUUAUUUUUCAAACGAGUGUUUGAAGGGUAGAUUCAUAGUACAGUCGACCCUUCUGCAUCGCGACUUUCCCCAUCGCGGUUUCGAUAGAUCCCGGGGUCGGCAUAAGAAAUGAAAUGGGCAUUUUUGGGGAGCUUUGCGAAAGCCACAGACGACACGCAAAGGCCAGCAGAUGACACACAAAAAGUUUAGUAACUCAUAAAUGCAUUAAAUAUAUGUACAGUACUGUAUAAUAUUAAUGUAUUUUAUAUUUUAACUAGCUUGUUUGUCCGUCCAAUGAUGGGUGA